GAAGCCGAGCGGCUCGCAGCCAGAAGCGCCCCGACAAUCGCCACGGAGUGCAGCAUCGACCGCCACGCGGCGCUGCCUUGCCGUUGAGAACCGGCCCAGAACAGCCAAGGCCAAGCCGAGCCGCCUCCUUGAUCCAGAGACCCGGCGGCCCAGUCGCAAGCCAGGCACUCCUCACCCAGUCCCUUGCAUAUCGUACCGCUGAGCGGGCUCGUUUGAAUGUACCACAGUGGACGGGUGGGCUACGCCAUCGCGUGCUCUCAUCAGCGCUCUUCCUUAUAGCGCCGUCGACAGCUGCAAUGAACCCCGCUAGUGCCGCCUUGGCCAUGGCUGUCAACUGCCUCACAGACAUGGCCCUGCUUGAGCAGCAGCAGCACCACGACUUCGCCUGCUAUGCAUCGCUGCAUAACCAACACGAACAGACCAAGCCUUCAACGUACGGGGUUCCUCUGUCAGACGGAUGCCCAACACCUGUGUCGAGCCCAGCGACAUUACCACCCUGCUCGCCCAACUCCGAGAGCCCCGCGAGCCUCACGGAGCUCUGUCCGGUACCGCGGGCUCAUGUGGUCGGACACCUCGACUCAGUGCUGCCGUUCCGGGGACCCACAAGAGACGAAGGCGAGUCUGACGAGUUCGACUCCGAUGCUGAGAAUGGAAGCGAAUAUUCUUCCCAAGGCUGUAAGAGCACUUCGCCCUUCGGGAAGGGAUCCAGUAGCAAGAGAAAGCCCUCGGACAAGGCUCCGCCGACCCAGGUUGUCCUCAAGAAGAGGCGGCUCGCCGCCAACGCUCGAGAAAGGCGCCGAAUGCACUCGCUGAACGUUGCUUUCGACAGGCUGAGAGAGGUGGUACCGUCGCUGGGAAACGACCGAAAGCUCUCCAAGUUCGAAACGCUCCAGAUGGCGCAGAGCUACAUCAACGCACUCAGCGAACUGCUCCUCAGACAGUGACGUCGUUCAGCCAGUCCGCGCAUCUGACAUUUGCACGGUAUCCUCUCCUUUCUGUUAUUGAAUGUGCCAAUGUAGCUGCUGCGCACAUGGCGAAAGCACACAUGUGCUCAGGAGCUUCUGGUCUGGGCAUGCUGGAAAAGAUAUGCGGUCAUGAAAGGACUCGGAACAAUUUGUGGCGAACUGACUGCCGUCUACGGUGACACAGCAUCGCGAUUUUGCAUGUGGGACUUGAAAUACUCCUACUCUCUGUACACGUGACUGGAGUCAGCCCCUGCUUUUAUCAGUAUUGCUGAAUUGAGUGGCGUCGUGUUUUAUAUAGAUUGAGGUGAGUUGCUGAGCGAACUCCACCACAGUCAAAAGGACGAAUGUGACAUGCCGCGUACAGAUUAUGCGCCCAGUUUAUUUUACUUUUCUUUUUGCAUGUAGCCAUGCACAGAUAUCUUACACUAUAUUAUCAGGACAGGGACAGGAAAAACUCUUAACAUUCACGAAAAGUUAGUAGGUUCGUUAGUGUCCAUGAUUGUAUGAGAUCGGCUAAUACUCAAGCUCUCGACUUGUGUGCGACUAUUCAAACAUUCCAAAAUACCACCAGCUACCUCCGCGCAACAAGGACAAAAUCUAUCAUGUCAGGGAUUUUUCAUCAAAUGGUUAGUAUUAUUCACCUGUUCUGAUGUUAGCUUAGCAUAACCUUGCAUUCCGGUGUUUCUAAAUCUUAUUAUUUUGUUCAUUUGCCUUGCGUUGUGUUGGUUCUUACGCAACAAACAUUUCAAGUUUUUUUUGUAUGUUUCAUUCAAACUCAUCUACACGCUUUUGUUGAUAUUGUUGUUAUGCUUCCGAGUGGCAUUGUAUAUUGGAGGCUUGAUUACGUCGUGUUGUCCGGCUACGCGCGGUCAGAACUGCCAAGUGAAGAACCAUAGAGCUGCUCAGUAUUUUCAAAGCCUGAGAGCAUCGUACUAGUCCAUAUAUACUUGCGGUUCUAUAAGCUUUUACGAGGCAUUCCCAUUUUCGAUUAUACCUAUAGAGAUUGUUUACGGCGCCGAAGGUGCACGCAAAAUGUGCCAUAAUUAAAGGCGCAGACUUUGCUCAAGCUUUAUGUGUUUUGUGUGAACCUCCUAGUGCCAAAGCGUUGUUUCAUGCCACAGUAUUGUCUAAAGUUAUACACUGCCUUCGGAUUGCAGCCCAUUUUGGCAAUGCGUGGCCUUUGCAUGUUACUGUUGUAAAAUAUUUCGCGCUCUUACACUUUUGUGCCUUAUACACAUUUACGAAGUUGGAAAUAAAAUAUUCAGUUAUA